CAUUCUUCCCUACCUGCUACACUUGCUUCUUCACUUGCUCUUCCUCCAUUACCCGACCCGUUUUCCUUCUACUUCAGGUUAGUUCCCCCUUUUACCAUCAUGAUUGUCUGUGAUUCUGACUCGGCUUCUUCGUCGUCUAGUUCUCAUCAAGCCGGUCACUCGGCCUCUGGCCAUGACCAAGGUCAGACCAAUUCUUCUCAGCCAUCGCCGGUGGCCGUGCCCGGCCAAAAGCUGCGCCAGCUGAGGAAGCAAUCCCCCCCCUCGACCCCGGCACUGAAGGGCAAGAGGGUUAGACUGGAUGAGAACAUCAUGGGGUUGUGCCAUUGUCAAAUUACUACCCGUGGGUUCUCCGACGCCACUAACAUGGUCGGGCCCUCUAUUGAAGUCCUACGGCCCACUAGCACCCAAACCGCCCUGGAUGCUCCUUCAGGGUUCUUUACCGUUCAUCUGGCCUCUUUGAAGAAGGGGCUGCGAUUCCAUUUUCACUCGUUGUUGAUUGAGUUCCUCAACGAGGUGGAUCUCCUCCCUUGCCAACUGGUCCCAAUUCUCACUGGUCAUGGGGAUUGGGCGUCCUAUGCCAGCCUUUCCCAACGAUCCAGCAAACUCUUCACUAGCGACAAGAAAGGGUCAACCAAGGACUGGAAGCCCUUUUUCGUCUUUGUCUCUACGGGGCCCGAAUCUCCUUUCACGGGUUCAGGGCUCCCAUCCUUUCGUCGCGUCCCGUGUCCCCAAUCUAACGCCACUCUCCAAUCCAUCACCCAGAAACUCUGUGGCCAAGGGGCCGUCGAGAUUAAGAAGGUGGUGACCGAGGAAUCUCUAGCAGCGCUGGGGUUUGAGUUUGUCCAGGAUGAGCAUCGCCAUCAGCCUGACCUGCUAAGGGACAUCCCUGAGGGAAGUUCUUACUGUGGGCCCUUUGUUGAGCAAGAGGGGUUAGAAGAAGAGAUGGAGGGUGAUCUCUUGAUCGGCCACUUCAUUGCAGGGAGAAAGAGGAAGAGGGAUGCAGCCCGGCAGACCAGGAGCAAGCGUUCGUCCUCGCGUGGCGAAGAUGGCCCCUUUAGGAACAGGGACGUGCAGCUGGAGACCUUGGUCACCCUCCCCGCUCAAGACCGGGCUCGCAUCUCUGCCGGUUCUGAUGAGGACCUCAACAACAUGGUUCUUCUAAAGCUUAGUCAGGCCACGCUGGGAAUGAUCGAGCUCGUCGGCCGGAGGCAAGAUCGCCAAGUGACUAUGGAUGAGGCGAAGAAAGCUGCAGAAGAUAAGCAGAGGGAGCUACAGGAGGAGGUCGCUCGCCUUACAAGAGAGUUGGAGGAGGAGAAGGGUCGCUCGACCAAACUGGAGGCCGAGAGGAGCAACCAGGCCCAUCGCCUUGAGGAGACGGUUGAGUCCUUCUAUUGGGAAAAUAUUAUAGAUUUUGAUGAUGAUGUAUUUAGAUUGUAAUAGGAACUUUAGGCCUCCCCCAAUAUUCAAUGUAAUUUUUUCUUUUUAGAAAUAUUGUUAAAACCGAGUUCUUGAGAUUUCCAAUAAAACUGUGAUAUUUCUUUAAGUGGUUUGAUGCUUGAAGACUCAAUCAAAUUCAGUGAUUUGG